AUGAGCGCCGCAUCGUUCGACCGCGAACGACACAUCAAGUACUUUUCGCAGCACUUGUUGCAGCUUCCGUUUCCGUACAGUUCGCUGGAUACCAAUCGGUUGACGUUGGUCCAUUUUGCCGCACACGCCUUGGAUAUGUUGGGUGUGUGGGACGACGACGCAUUGAUAGCAAAACUGGGGUUACACAAACAGAAUAUCAUUGAUUGGAUCUACAAUCUACAAGUCGUCACGGGUGCUCCCGAACAGGCAGGAUUCACAGGAGGCAAUUUUCUGGGGGUAUCGUAUGGAUCUGCCGAUCAGGAGCUACCCAACAAUGCCUCGGUUGUGCUUGCCGAAAACUAUCAUGGCCAUAUUGCCAUGACGUAUACCGCCCUUGCCACGUUGGCCAUGCUGGGAGAUGAUUUUUCGCGCGUACAAAAGGAAAAAAUACUACGCGCCCUACAAUCGCUGCAACGAGACGAUGGAAGUUUCAAAUGCAUACCGUUGGGCAGUGAAUGUGAUACCCGAUUCCUAUUUUGUGCCUGUGCCAUAUCGCACAUGCUCAAUGACUGGUCGGCCGUGAACAAGGACAGCGCCAUGGAGUUUGUCCGAAAUUGUAGAUCGUUUGAUGGAGCCAUUGCGCUCAUUCCUGGACAGGAAGGCCACGGUGGAUCUACUUUUUGUGGAGUUGCAUCCUUGGUUCUCAUGAACAAGCUGGACGAAGUGAUUGAUGAUGAUUGGAGAAAAGAGUUGACGAGGUGGUGUGUUACGCGACAGAUUGGUGGAAUGCAGGGAAGACCCAACAAGGUAGAAGAUACCUGCUACAGCUACUGGAUUGGAGGAACGUUGCGUCUGUUGGGCCAAGACUCGUUUGCCUUGCUGGAUCAUCCUCCGCUGCGAAAAUUUGUCUUUUCGUGUCAAUCUCCCUUGGGAGGGUUCAGCAAAGCCAAGAAUGCAUUUCCCGACAUGUUGCAUUCCUUUUACUCCAUGUCCUACCUCAACAUGUCGGGGAGCCAAUUUGAUCAAGACGACCGAAUUGCACUCAAAGAACUGAGUUGUACGCUGGGAGUUUGUCGAACAACGGCAGAAAAGUUUGGGAGUACUACCGAUCAUGCCAUUCCAUAG